CCUGGAGAGAAUUAAGUCUGUGCCAUUCUCUUUAGUGUUUGCCCUGUCCUCCCAAUGUUCUCCUCUUAGCCGCCCGCGUUUUGACAAUAAACUAACACACCGACGCUAGAAACUGGAACCAAGAAAAACAAACCACUUCAAGCCAUCAGUUCGUAUGGAUUGAUUUAAAAUCUGAAGACAAGGAGCGACUAGGUGAGAUUUCUCAUCUUGACUUCAGCAUCAGAGCAAAAGAAUGUCUCAACUCCAGUUUCAGUGUCCGCCUAGCGCCAUUCCUGCUUCCUCUGUUCCGCUGCAGCUGGGACAGCCGCAGCCUGGCUACAGCAUCCCGUGUGCUGCAGGCGCCCUUCCAUCAGAGAGCGCCAGUCAGCCAAUCAGAAGCUCUGCUCUGCCCGCGGGCUCCGCCACUCCCUAUAACACCACCACUGUUUAUAACAUGGCAAACCCUAAAGAGAAGACCCCCAUGUGUUUGGUGAAUGAGUUAGCCCGUUUCAAUAAGAUCCAACCUGAGUAUAAGCUUCUUUCUGAGCAAGGACCAGCUCACUCCAAGAUUUUCUCGGUGAGGCUCACACUGGGAGAUCAGUACUGGGAGGCCGAAGGAACCAGUAUCAAGAAAGCCCAGCAUUCUGCUGCUGCAUCUGCCCUUGCCGAGACGACGCUUCCCAAACCCACACUGAGGACACCCCGCAACACCGGCAGGAACCCAGUAGAUGGCAGCACACACACAAUGGAGUUGAAUGCACUUUGUUUGAAGCUUGGUAAAAAACCUAACUUUAAACCCAUCGACCCAUACCUGGGUAUGCGACCACCAAGCUACAACUACAGUGUCCGUGCUCCAGGACCUUACCAGCGUUCUAUGCAACAGUACUACUAUCCAUUUCCUCCAGUGGGACCAAUAAUUUACCACAUGGAGCUUUCCGUCGGGAGCCAGCAGUUCAUUGGGAAGGGACGGACGCGGCAGCAGGCCAAACACGACGCCGCUGCCAAAGCCUUGAAAGUGCUGCAGAAGGAGCCAAUGCUGCAGCAGUUGCCAGUGAUGAACGGAGAGCUUGAGGAGGAGAACUUGAACAAAUCAGAAAUAAGUCAAGUGUUUGAAAUUGCUCUAAAAAGGAACCUUCCUGUCAACUUUGAGAUUUUAAAGGAAGAAGGGCCUCCACACAUGAAGAGUUUUGUAGUGCGUGUUAUAGUUGGGGAGUUCGUGGGAGAGGGUGAGGGCAAAAGCAAAAAGAUUGCAAAGAAGCUGGCAGCUGCCGCAGUGCUGGUGGAGUUAAAGAGGCUCCCCCACAUACCCAGUGUGGAGAAGAAGCUGCCACGCAUCAAAAAGAAAACAAAAUCUAUAAUCAAGCUGCAGACCAGCCCUGAGUAUGGCCAGGGGAUGAAUCCCAUCAGCCGCUUGGCUCAGAUCCAGCAGGCCAAGAAGGAGAAGGAGCCAGAGUAUAGCAUGGUGACAGAGAGAGGUCUGCCGCGGCGCAGAGAGUUCGUCAUGCAGGUGACUGUGUGCGGCCAGACUGCAGAGGGGCUGGGGCCGAGUAAGAAGGUGGCCAAGAGGAAUGCAGCCGAGAAAAUGCUGGAACUGUUGGGAUAUAAAGUGCCUCAGCCUCAGCCUCCCAAACCAGCACUCAAAUCUGAUGAAAAGACGCCGGUGAAAAAGUCAUGUGAUGGGCGCAAAGUGACCUUCUUUGAACCAGGUUCUACAGAGGAGGUGUCAACGGGCUCCAAGGAGGAGGACUUCCGCUUGCCUUACCUCAGCCACCAGCAGCUGCCUGCAGGUAUCCUGCCCAUGGUGCCCGAGGUGGCGCAAGCAGUCGGGGUCUGCCAAGGAUCCCAGGUCAAGGACUACAGCCGAGUUGUGCCCAACCCAGGCAAGACCACCAUCACUGCCACCAUUGCCAACGAGCUGCUAUACGCCGGCACGUCCCUGACCGCUGUGACGAUCCUAAAGAAUACAAACAACAUGAUCCAGGUUCCCCACGGACCGCUCACCAGACCCUCGGAACAGCUUGGCUAUCUUGCGUCUGUACAGGGUCUGCAGGUUGAAUACAAGGAUUUUCCCAAAAACAAUAAGAAUGAAUUUGUAUCGCUGAUUAACUGCUCCUCCCAGCCUCCGCUCAUCAGUCAUGGCAUUGGAAAAGACAUAGAGUCCUGUCAUGAUAUGGCUGCUCUGAAUAUAUUGAAGCUGCUGUCAGAGUUAGACCAGCAGCCAAACGAAAGGACAGGACCAGCCUCAGGGUGUGGCAAGCAGGAAAUGGAGGGCGACCUGCACCUCAAACAGGCUAACUCAAGCACAUUGGCACAGACGCUGGACAGCACGGCUUAGAUCAGGUUUGGUUGUCUGUGAAAGCACUAGAGAAAACUCACCACACUGUGUUCUUAGUCUUGUUUUGGCUCGCUACAGAGGGCACUGUGGGCCCUGAAGUGUUAAGCUUACUGUUACAAAAUGUUCACAGUUAAACAAGAUUGAUAGGAAAAUAGCUUCUCCUCCUUGAUGUUGUUUAAUUGUACGCAUUAUUUAUUUUUUCUUUUCAAUAUAGAAACAAUAGCUGCAUCCUAGUCAAUGAUUUUUGAGUGUAGGUGAUUAAAAAUAAACCAUAAGUGAUGAACUGUGAACAUUGUUUUUUUUUUUUUUUUUGGAUAGAAAUCCUUUCUUAUAUUUUUACGUGUUUUUAUGUUUUAUUCCCGCCAAGCUAGUUGAUAAAGGAAAUAUGUUAAGUUUGGGCCUCUUCUUUGUCUAGGGUGCAGCUGAUGAACAUUUUUUGAUUUUCCUAGAGUGCUUUCUAUAAACAACCAAAAAUUAUUUACUAAAUGUAGCGUGUGAUGUAAUGUGAUUGUCACUGCUGUGUGUGGCAGUGACGUCCCCCAUGUCCCCUUUUUUCUCCCUCAUGUCAUCUUCCCUUUAUCCAUAAUCCAUAAUGAUAAUUAAACUUCUGUGUCUACUGGCACAAAACAAAUA